GAUUAUUCCGUCUUUUGGUUCUCCGAUUUAAUCUCAUGGGCUUCCUCGACGGCACCACCGUAGCCUCUUCUGCAACCGACUCCGAAUGGUAUCAAUUCGAUGCUUUACUCCAAGGAUGGAUCUUAUCAACAAUCACGGACGAGGUCUCCGAUCUCGUUCUUGCCAACAACCUCUCUGCUCAUGUGUUAUGGACGGCGAUCUAUAACAUCUUCCACGACAACAAGCAUGCACGAGCAAUGCAAUUGGAACACCGCUUCUGCACAACCGUGAAAGGAAACCGCUUGAUCGAUGAAUAUUGCCGUCUCCUCAAAAACCUUUCUGAGUAUCUUGACGAUGUGGACGCCCCGGUGACCGAGCACGCCCUCGUCCUAUGGAUUCUACACGGCUUGCGACAUCCGAGGUCAAGUAUAUUUUUUGCAAUACCAGAAUCCCUUUCCCACCUUCCUGGAGGUCCGAUCCGCCUUACUCCUCGUCGAACAACAGCAGAACGACGCCCUCCAUGGCUCCGCGCCGCCAUCCACUGCACUCCUUAGCACUGCCGGCACUAGAGGCGGCUCACAGCGGCAGGACCAACACAACCCAGGCAGGGGCGGACACAUCGGACAGAGCAGGGGCUCAG